GUGGCAUUGUGACAGAAACAAUAUGUGAUACCUCACAUAAUUCUGACAAUGAUCCACCCUACAGAACUUCUUCGAACUAAUUCAGACGAGGAGCAGAAUAGUUUUUCCGCUCCCGUUGGGAAUUACUUAAAUCAAGUGGACUGCGGGAUCAGCGCCCUGCCGUGCUUGACGAAGUGCCUGAAUUUGGAAAGGUGCGCGAAAUUCGGCGUUUUCGUAACGGUUCUGUCACUAGUCGGACUCUUUCAUGGUGCCAUUUUGGUUUAUUUUCGGGGUACGUCACAUAUAUGGAGCGAACAUUACAAUAUAUCUCUGGAAACAGUAGACUGGUUGAUCUAUACAAAUGAGGUAUUCGUGGGCUUAUUCUCGUUGUGCGUGGCUUAUUGGGGUAACAGGCUGCACAGAGCGGGUUGGCUUGGAGCUCUAACAAUAUUUCUUGCAAUAGCGUGUGCAACUUUAGCAGUUCCUGAAAUUUAUAACCCAUUAAGCGGAAGUGAAAUAGAUAGUUCCAUUACAGGUCCGAUAUUAUGCAACUCCAACAGGUCCAUGGCGUACAGCGAUAUCGACAAAGUCGAAAAAGAGGUCGACAUAAUAACGUUCGCAGUUGUCAUUAUAUUCCAAAUGAUCCUAGCCAUGGCGACUGUAUCUUUCAUAACGCACGGUAUGACGUACAUAGACGACCACAUAUCGCCGAAGCACAGCCCUGGAUUCAUAGGCUUAGCGUUUGGAGCAAACGAAAUUGGAAAACAAGUCGGCCUUUACUGCUCUUGGGGUCCCUACGUUAUAGAUAUCGACAGUAUUUUCAUAUCACCAGCAUGGAUCACCCUCCUCGUUCUAACUUUCAUAAUAGGAAUCGCAAUAGCCAUGUUUCCCAAGGCCCUGCCGAAUAUCGUAAUGAUAAAAUCCGUCAAUUCCCUGUUAAGCUUGGCCUCAGGCAACGACUUGUACGAAGAAGAAGAGGUCGUCGAGGGAUUCUUCAAAAGUUUGUGGGGUUUGUUGAAGAACAAAGUGUUGUCGCUAACUAUAUUCUCCGUGGUGUUUGUCCAAGCUGCUCUGAUAAACUUCAGCAUAUUGCAGAAGCAGUUCAACCAGUCCAAGUACCACGUUUCCGUGCACAACGACUCGUCGGGAUACAGCGAUCCGUUCCUGAUCCAAUUCACAACGAAUCUGCUGAAACAACCAAUGGUAGCCAUAUCAGUAAUCACGUCGGGAAUGAUGAUAGCGAAGAUCAGACCAAAAGCAAAAUACUUGGUUUGGUGGAACAUAAUAGUGUUUAGUUUGAUAGCACUGUUUUUCGCUAGCACGGUGUUUUGGAACUGCGCCGGAAAAAUUGAAAACGAGCAUAGUAAUACCAUUACCAUACCUUAUUGCAGCAGUCAUUGUGGGUGUUCUCCCGACGCGCCCUUUCAACCCGUGUGUGUUGAUAAGAGGACGUACUUCUCGCCUUGCCUGGCGGGAUGCAAGAAUUAUUCUGCGCUACAAAGUGUUUAUACGAACUGCAGUUGUGGCCAAACUGUUACGGACGGUUCUUGUUAUACAGACAACUGUAGCAUAAUCCUGGCCCUGUCUCAAGCAAACAGCAUUAUAUCUGCCGGACUACUAGCGACUACGGUCGUUUCAAACAUCGUCAUAAUGCUCAGGUGUGUUCCUACCAAACAAAAAGCGUUUGCUCUUGGUUUGGCGUACACAUACUUUGGAAUUAUACCAUACCUUCCAUUGAGAUUCUCCUACCGCGCUAUAGCAGAUACGUUUUGUGAGAUUCAUGGAAGCAAAGGGUGCCAGUUCUUUUCGGAAUACUUCCCGAUAUUUCUAUCAUCGAUAACAAUUUCCCUGAUCUUGCUCGCGGUGGUUUUUGCUGUAAUACUUUUGUUUUUCGUGGGAAAACUAGAACUGUACGAUGAUAAAGACUUCAAAAGUACGACAGACAUGCAGCUGGAAAGGAUUAGAAGAAAUAGAAGGACGCAAAACAAUGAGGAGGAUAACACUGAUUUAGAUAGUGGUGGUGAGGAUUCGCAGAGGUUUCUGAGAAAUGACAGACAAAUGAGUGAAGGUAGAAUAAACUUGCCACGUCCUAGAUCCAAAGAAGAUAGAAUAAGUACGUAUUUAAGCGAAGGUGACUUGGUCCCACCUCUGAAGCCAAUUCAUAAGCGAAGCGACGUUUCCACCUCAAAAAAUUCCACCAACUCUGGCUUGUCAUCGGAUUCCUUGAAGGCUAUAGCAAGCGUUGUGGGAGAUGAUCAUGAUUCCGAUUCAUUUUCAAAUACAUCCAGAACAAACGCGCCUAAUCGUCGGAAUGUAACACCUAGUGGAAACGAUAUAGUCGAGACAAGCUUUUAAAUUUAUAUACAUACUGG